CGAAGUCUAUAUAAUUUUACCUAAACAGUUGGUAGUACUCAUUUUCGAUUGAUCAUUUCCUUCGGAAGAAUCUAUCAAGGGAUAUUUAUUAAAAUUAAACAAGAAGCAUUUGAAAGAUUAUUCUACCGUACUCUAAAUGGGAAAACAUCAAAGCAAACUGACUCCUGAGGUUUUGGCAGAUCUCUCAGCAACCACAGAGUUUGAUGAAAACGAAAUCAAAGAAUGGUUUAAGGGCUUCAAAAAGGACUGCCCCAAUGGUCAAUUAGGCAUGGAUGCCUUUAAAUCAGUCUACUCCAGUUUCUUUCCUAAUGGAGACCCAUCAAAAUUUGCUGAACAUGCUUUUAGAGCAUUUGAUAAAAAUGGUGAUGGUUUCAUAGACUUCCAAGAAUUUAUCGUCUCUUUAUCAGUUACUUCAAGGGGGAAAAUGGACGACAAACUAAAAUGGGCCUUUAACAUGUACGAUAUAAAUGGCAAUGGUUUUAUUAGUAGGGCUGAAUUGCUGGAAAUCAUGGUAGCAAUUAAGAAGAUGAGUGGUGCCAUACAAGAUGGAACUGACGAGAGCUCGGCAAAAGAACGCACCGAUACACUCUUUGAAGAAAUGGAUAAGAAUUUCGAUGAUAAACUUUCACUGACUGAGUUUAUCGAAGGAGCCAAACGUGAUCCAUUCAUUGUGAAGAUUCUUCAGUCAUAACCAGACCAUUGAUUUGGAAGAUAGUAGUGAAACAUUCACUGAAUGUCUCCUUCGUGGAUAACUUUAGAACUGCAUCAGUAAUUCAUUAUUUAAAGAUACUGCAUAAAUUGCUCAUCGUAAACACAAUGUCUUUUCACGAAAAAUAAUAAUAUAGCACAAUUCAUGAAAAUUAA